UGGAGAGAGUAGCAUUAUGUCUGGUAGAGGUAAAGGCGGUAAGGGACUCGGCAAAGGGGGCGCAAAGCGUCAUCGUAAAGUCCUGCGAGACAACAUCCAGGGAAUCACCAAGCCGGCUAUUCGCCGUCUGGCUCGCCGUGGCGGUGUUAAGCGUAUUUCUGGUCUGAUCUACGAAGAGACUCGCGGUGUGCUGAAAGUCUUCUUGGAGAACGUGAUCCGCGAUGCCGUCACCUACACCGAGCACGCUAAGAGAAAGACCGUCACCGCUAUGGAUGUGGUGUACGCCCUGAAACGCCAGGGGCGCACUCUGUAUGGCUUCGGCGGGUAAACAUUCAACAACCGACCACGUAAACACAACGGCUCUUUUAAGAGCCACCCAAA